GGUUUAACAGGGAAAGGACAGAGAGAAGUCCGCGCUGAGGGUGUGGAGAGAUGUCACUUUCCGUGCGUGUGUGCGCGCUUGGCUGCGUGGCGGGAUUACCAUUACGCACGUUAUGCGGAGCGCUGUUUUGGUGAUGCGUUCAGUCGGGAGAGGUGCAGCGGGGAGCUGCGAGCGUCAAACCGGAGACUCAGCGGCAGAUUCAGCAAAAUAACCGGAGAGAGAAGGAGGAGGGGCACGGUUUGUUAUGGGGGGAAUUUUCACUCAUUUUCAAUCCCUCUAUCCUGGAGAAGAUGCGCACCGUUAAACAAAGGAUUUAGUUUUUUUUCUUCUUCUUUGUAAGGAUACGGAACCUGUCUUGUAUUUUAACCCUGACACACUCUCCGGUUCGGACUUGCAUCAAUGCUUGUUUUGGCUCUGAGGACCGCGGACACUGGCUGAAUCUCCGGGCACUCGUCUGCUUCGGAGUCCAUGUGGAGCGGUAGAGGAGCAUCAAACGCAGCGAACUGAACUAAGUCCGAAAUGUGACAUUUUUUAAAAUAAUAUUCAGCAUCCAAUCAAACCUGGCGACUGUGACUCCCUCUUUAUACUAGAUCACAUCUGUUUACAUCGAUCAAGAUGGCGUUCCCACCUGUGGUCCUCCUGCUGCUGGCUGUUACUCAUCAUGCCCACGGUCAGAAUCCGGCCGACUCCGAGGCUCUCCCAAGAGGCUGCGGCUGGGGUCUCGUGCGACCCUACACUCUCCUGUGCGACCUGGAAUCCAUCUGGGGUGUAGCUGUCGAAUCUGUGGCUGCUGGUGGGACACUGGCGGCCAUCCUACUCUCUCUGGUCCUGCUGUGUCGUCUGCGCCACAUCAGUGAAGCAGAGAAGCGCAGUGGCGUAGGGCCCAUUCUUCUCCUGCUCCUUGGGAUACUUGGCUUGUUCGGCCUCAGUUUUGCCUACCUGAUCGAGCAGGAUGAGUCUCUCUGUCUGAUCCGUAGGGCUUUGUGGGGUCUCCUUUUCGCUGUCUGCUUCUCCUGCCUGUUGGUUCAGGGGGUUCGUCUGCGCAGGCUCGGCCGAGAACGGCGAAGCCCCGGCGGAUGUGCUCUAACAGGUCUGGCAUUAGGUCUGAGUGCCGUGCAGGGCAUCAUUGCCGCUGAGUGGCUACUUCUGACCGUACUGAGGGAAGGUAGAGCAGCCUGUCAGUACAUGCCUUUGGACUUCUCAUUAGCCUGCAGCUAUGUACUAGCUCUGCUUCUCGCUGCCCUUACUGCCGCCUCCUUGGCCCUGUGUGGAAAAACACGUCAGUGGCGCUGCAAUGCUGUCUGGCUGCUGGUGACAUGCCUACUGUCAUUGCUGCUGUGGGUGGCCUGGGUGGGCUUCUACCUGUAUGGUAACGACUGGCUCGGCAGGUCCCCAGAGUGGAACGACCCCGCACUGGCGAUAGCUUUGGUGGCUCAGGGCUGGCUCCUGCUGAUCUUCCAUGCUAUUCCCGAAUCCCACAUCUGCUUGAGACCCCCACCACAACCCACCGCCCCAGACUACUUUGACACAUCCCAGAACUCAACACGGAUGAGGGAGACGAGCUUUGAUGAAGACAUCCCUCUGUCUCACCGGCAGUUUGUGGAGAACCAGGGCUAUGGAUACAACGACGAGAACACAGCAGGCUUGAGGAGUGGUGGCAAUGCCGGCCAACAUAACAGUAACACGGGUGCCAGGCCCAGUGCUCCCUUCCGCAGCAACGUCUACCAGCCCACAGAGAUGACCAUGAUCCUGAACGGGGGAGCGGUGAGUACAUCUUCCCAGUCACAGGUGCCAUCUGCCCCUCCCACUUACACUGGCAGGCAGCUGUGGUGAACAAGAGGAAAGACGAUGUUUGAUGGAAAAUGGCGAGAAGAAGAGGACGGAGGGAGGAAGGGGUCCAGGACUGUCUGGGUGGGGCAGGCAUCUAGUUGGACUGGACUUUAGGCUUGUGUGCCUGCAGGGCCCUUUCAUGUACAGACUUUAUCACUGACUGUGUGCCAAACAAUUAUGGAAUGAAUGCGAGUGAGACUGAGAGAGGGUAGCAUAUGGAGGACAGAGCUAAAACUUUUCUAGUCAAUAAGUAUUUAUGGAAGAGUUGCAAAACGUGAACUGAAAUGUGUCCAGUAUGAUAGUGGCCAAACAGAACUCACAAUAUUAUCGGAAAUUAUUAUUAUUAUUAUUAUUAUUACAAUACAUUAUCUCUCUUUUUUGGUAUGAUUGGUUCCGUUGACACUCCAGCACUGCAGGCAUCUUUGAAAACUGUGAAAGCAAACUUCGUCCUGUUCUAGCUCUUAUCCUGUCAGGUGCAAUGUUUUUCUGCUUUACGGUGCUGGCAUUGAAGCGGAAACCUUUAACUCUGUCCUCCAUCCAUUCACACUGUAAGGGUUGAGCCAGAGUGCCGCUCUCUUAAAAACAAGUCACCCUCUGUUGGUGUCUAUAUACGGGAAUGAGUGUGUUUGUGUGAUCUGUACAGCUCUCACACUCCAAACCCUCCUUCUCCUCCUCCUUUGGACUGUUAGCCCUGGCCUUUUCCCCUCCUCUUCCCUGCACUGUCUGUGACUACAACACAUAACUCUCCUCACCUUGCGUCAUCAUCCCACUUGCAUGGACACAUUGCGAAUACAAACUGUGAAGCCUGAAUAUAAAGGGGACAGUUACAUGAAGUGAGCACAGACACGACAAAAGUAAAUCUGGAGGGCCUUACCCAUCAUGCUGCUAUUGAACCGCUACUAGAGAUUUAAAAAAAAAAAAAAGCAGAGCGGAUCGUGAUUGGACAAGGAAGGCGUCAGUCGUCAGCAGGGGAGGUGCAGCUUUGGGAAUCUGGGUCAGACUUCUGCACUCUCCACGCAUCUCCGGUGGCCAGUGGCGGAUGGAAGCAGCCAGGAGAAACCGUCACAUUAGAUCAGCAGGAAGCGGAGCGAGGAAAUGAAUCGGCCUCUUGCUCCCGGUUCCUCUGUCUGUGUUUGUGUGCAUACUGUAUGUGAGUUUUGUGAUUUCGUGAGGGUUCACAAGUUGUUUUCUGGUGCUAAAAUUCUUUGCAGUGAGGUAUAGAAAUGACAGGAACAACGCCGGUGUGGAUCCACUCGUCAAAGAACAAGUGACAGACUAUAUUUAGAGCUGCUUCUGCUGUGUGGAGAUCUUAUGGAGUCUCAGAGAGAUCAGGUUUACACUGUGUGGCGGAAAGAAGAGGAUCAAAUGCAGAAGAAGAUGCAGGAGGGGGCAUAUAGAGAGGGAUGGUGUUGAGGCCAGAUCUUCUUCAGUCACUCUCAAAUCUAUAUGAGAAAACAGCCUUCCAGUCUCUAUGUGUGCAUGAUGUGGGAGCCUCUCCUCCUCCUCCUCUUCCUCCUCCUCCUCCUCCUCCUCACUUUCUCCCAGUCUCUCAUAGCUUAAGUCCCUAUGCCAAGAAGAACUCCAUGUUUCACUGGAGUCUCUGUUUUACACGCUUUCCCUACAUCAUGACACCAGCUCUGUUUCACCUGAGAAACUGUGUACAUAGUAGUGCUGUAAUGCUUUGCUUGCUCGUUUACAUUUUUUUCUCCUUUUUAUUUUAAUGAUAGGCUGAGUUUAGACACGGGUCAUGCACUGGAGAACUGAUUUUAAUUUGGAUUAACUUGCUUGCUUUGUGUUCAUGCUCUGCCUUGUUUUCAUAUGCUUUUAUUUCUCUUGCUGGUGUCUUUAAUUUUUUUCUUUUAGCUAGAGUUUUGAAAAUGUUUUUGCCAACACUAGAUGUGCUUGUAUUUUUUUCCUUUUGGACUAUUGUUCAUGAAUAUUUUGCAAUUCAUUUAAAGGGAUUUAUGUUGGUUGUACCUACUGAUCGCUGUUUUUAUUUUCAGAAAAAAAUGAUAAUAGCUGUGAAUAACUUUGGCACUUCAUGCAGUAAACAAAGACUAUUUUUAUGAAACUUGGAGCAGAGCAGGAUGGGUCGACCACACUAAAUAAUACAGUCCCUUGCAGAAGUAUUUUUAUUCCCUGAACAUUUUUCACAGUUAGUCAAAAUGUAACCGUAAACUUAAAACAUAUUUUAUUGUCAAAUCACAGCAUAUGACUGACCAACAUAAAGCAAAGACAACUGAGAUGGGGAAAGAUACAUGUUAUUAAUUAUAUAUUUAUGAAAGAUUUUCAAAAACUGUAAAUAGUGGCAUGCAUUUGCAUACUUGAGUCAGGGUCGGGUUAGUCUAUUGGAGCCUCUACGAUUUUCCUCCAGUAUUCUAUUUCCACAUAAUGAUAUAGUGCUGUGUUUCACAGUGGAGAUGGUGUGUUCAAGGUGAUGUCCAGUAUUAGUUUUCCGCUAUAUUCAGCAUUUUCCAUGUAGGCUUAAAAUCCCUAUUUUGGUCUAAUCUCUUCUGAUAAGAUUAAAUGUCUUUUUUUUUCUUGUCAAUUAAAGGCCAACAAAUUCUGACACCUGAGUUGAGGAUCUCUGCAGCACCUCCAGAGUAACAUACUGUAUAUGGUAUUAUUUAAAAACCUAUGAUUGAUCAUUGAUCUGUCUGGUGCAUUCAUGUUGUGAGACCUUCAUAAAACAGCUGGUCUUAUAUUCAUUUUAAAUUGGACUCUAUUUUAAUUUGGUGGAUUCUGCACUGAACCUUUUUAGGGAGGACUAAAUACAAAUGUAUGCGACAUCUUUCUGAAUUUUAUUUGUAAAAUAAUUUGAAAGCCAGGCAUAAAUUUCCUUUACUUUACAACUAAGCACUACUUUGUGUUUGUCUGUUAGAUAAAAUCCCAAAGGGAAUACAUAAAUGUUUGUGGUUGUAAUGUGAAAGUUCAGGGAGUAUAAAUAAUUUUGCAAGGCACUGUAAGAUCACCAAAAGACAUGGUAAUGAUAUCUGAACUUGCAUCAGCCCUGAGCUAAGAAAAGUUUGGGGGGUUAGCCCCUGACUGCUGCUGUACGUUUAUGUCUCAAACUAUGGCUACUCUAAAACAGGACGACUACUUGCAGGCCAGCUUCAUACCCAGACACAGCUUGUCCUCUCAGCCUGAGCCGUGUCUGGGCCAAUCCUGGUCAGAAACAGAUCAGUGCAAGGAGAAGAGUCCUCAGGGGUUUUCAUGGUCACCAGUACAUUUCUCACAAUCGAGGAGGGAUGUUUGAGUUCUCAUGAUGUUUUCACUCGGUGUGGAUUACAAAAAAAGGAAGAAUAACAACAUGUUGUGACUUUGUAGAUUUUGCACUCGUCAACUACCUAUCUGUGCAUGCUUAAUCACCAUUUCUACAUAUAAGAUCUUUCUCAGACGUACUUUUCAAUACUAACUAUUUAUGUAACGGUCAUGUGACAGCAAUCAUACUUUCAGUGUAUAUCAGAAGACACACUUAAUGUCUGUGCUUUGGAAAACACAAAAGCAAGCUGCUUGUUGUGAAGUAAAGAGAUUAAAAUCAGAGGUCGGUCCAACAUAGAGUGAUUCCCAAUGAAGGAAACAACAUGCCAUCUUCAGUGGACCUAAGAAUACUUUCCUCUGCUUGGGUUUGAAGACUUAAAGGUUUUUAAAAAAGAGAAUCGUCUGACUGAUAUUGUCUCUGUGUUACAAAUCAAGUAGACUGUGGUGAAAUUUGCACAAAACUUCUAUGUUGAGUUUGUUGUCCCUGGGCAGCCUAUCUGAACAACACCCCACCCUCCUGGGCUUUCCUCUCCCGAUUCUUCUUGCCUUCAGACUGUUCUAGCAGGGCAGCUGACAGGGGCAAUAUUGGUUUUCACAGCUAUGACUGUGCAGUGAUGAGGCAUGCAUAUGUAUAGAAACUUGAUUUCUUGAUUAGAAAAAAAAAGAGAAAAAAAAGUAAAACAGUUAACUCCGUUGUUUCUGUAACCAAUUCAGGACGAAAAAAGUUCAAUAAAAGUGUCAUGUUUGUAGUGAA